AUGGAACUCAACGGAGAACAUUUUCGCGCCAUAAAUUAUUACAGCUUUCAGAGACAAUUAUCGCAACAAGAAUGCCUUGCUGAGUUACUGUCUGUUUUCGGCAACGAGGCGCCACAUCAGUCGACAAUUUCCCGUUGGUAUGGAGAAUUCAAACGUGGACGGGUGAGUCUUAGCGACGAUCCCAGGGUGGGUGCACCAAUAAGGGCAGUAACCCAGGAAAACGUCGAUGCUGUGCGCAAACUCAUCAUUGAAGAUAGACAUGUGACAUAUCGCGAGAUUGAGGCGUCCUUGAAGAUCUCAAAGACCUCAAUUCAAAAAAUUUUACAUGAAGAAUUAGGAGUAAGAAAAUUAGUUUCUCGUUGGAUACCCCAUCUGUUGACUGAAGAGCAGAAAGCAGCCAGGUUUAAUUGGUGUCAAAAAACGCUUGACCGUUUCAAUUCCGGAAACUCAAAAAAAUGUUCGGCUGUUUGGGUGUUGCAAGGUGAAGAAAAUCCAACAAAAGUCAUCCGUUCUCGAAGUGUUUCGAAAAAGAUGGUCGCGACAUUUGUGUCAAAAGCGGGUCAUAUUGCAACAAUUCCUCUUAGUGAGCAAAUAACUGUUACUGCGGUUUGGUAUACCACCAUUUGUUUGCCAAAAGUCAUCACCGAGCUUCGAAAAAUCAACCCCGAAAGAAGAAUCAUCCUCCACCAAGACAAUGCAAGCUCGCACACAGCCCAAAGAACAAGGCAGUAUUUAACGGAAGAAAACGUGAAAUUAUUGGACCAUCCUGCAUAUAGUCCCCAUCUAAGUCCUAACGAUUUCUUUACUUUCAUGAAAAUUAAAAACAGACUGCUUGGUCAAAGGUUCCAGUCACCAGAAGAAGCAGUUGAAACAUUCAAAAAUGCCGUUUUGGAUGUGCCAGCAAACGAGUGGAAUAAGUGCUUCAAAAAUUGGUUCGAGCGCAUGCAGAUGUGUAUUAAUCUUCAUGGAGAAUACUUCGAAAAAAAAAUAAAGUCAUUUAAAACUACCUACCGUGUUGUUUUAUUUCCAUAUGUAAAACUUAAAAGACAUCCCUCGUACCUGAGACCGGGGUAUUACGUAACUUGA